AUGAGCGCCGCCGCCAGCCCCGAGCCGGUGCCCUCGCCGCCCGCCGCGGGGCCUCGCUACUUCGAGCGCUUCUCGGAGGACGACCCCGAGUACCUGCGCGCCCGCAACAUGGCAGCCGACCUGCGGCAGGACUUCAACAUGAUGGAGCAGAAGAAGCGGGUCACCAUGAUCCUCCAGAGCCCGUCUUUCAGGGAGGAGCUGGAGAGCCUCAUCCAGGAGCAGAUGAAGAAGGGGAACAACUCGUCCAACAUCUGGGCCCUGCGGCAGAUCGCCGACUUCAUGGCCAGCACCUCCCCGGCCGUCUUCCCCACGUCGCCCAUGGGCCCCUCCACGGUGACGCCCAUCAACGACCUGCACGGCGCCGGCGAGGCGCUGCCGCUGGCCAAGGGCGAGCGGCUGAUGCGCUGCAAGGUGGGCAGCCUCUACCGCCUGCUCGACCUCUACGGCUGGGCCCAGCUCAGCGACACCUACGUCACGCUGCGGGUGAGCAAGGAGCAGGACCAUUUCCUCAUCAGCCCCAAGGGCCUCUCGUGCAGCGAGGUGACGGCGUCGAGCCUGGUCAAGGUGAACAUCCUGGGCGAGGUGGUGGAGCAGGGCAGCACGGGCUUCGCCGUGGACGCCGGCGCCUUCAGCCUGCACGCGGCCGUCUACGCCGCCCGGCCGGCCACGCGCUGCGUGGUGCACCUGCACACGCCGGCCACGGCCGCAGUGUCGGCCAUGCGCUGCGGGGUGCUGCCGGUGUCGCACGAGGCGCUGCUGGCCGGCGACGCCGCCUACUUCGACUUCGGCGGCGCGCUGCAGGAUGAGGCCGACCGCGUGCAGCUGCAGAAGUGCCUGGGCCCCACCUGCAAGAUCCUGGUGCUGCGCAACCACGGCGUGCUGGCGCUGGGCGACACCGUGGAGGAGGCCUUCUACAAGAUCUUCCACCUGCAGGCGGCCUGUGAGAUCCAGGUGUCCGCGCUGUCGAGCGCCGGUGGCGCCGAGAACCUCGUCGUGCUGGAGCGCGACAAGCACCGGCCGCACGAGGCGGGCUCGGUGCGCUGGGCCGGCAGCACCUUCGGGCCGAUGCAGAAGAGCCGCCUGGGCGAGCAUGAGUUCGAGGCCCUCAUGCGCAUGCUCGACAACCUGGGCUACCGGACGGGCUACACCUACCGCUACCCCUUCGUGCAGGAGAAGAGCAAGCCCAAGAGCGACGUGCUCAUUCCCGCCACGGUGACGGCCUUCGUCUUCGACGAGGAGGCCGCCGCCGUGCCGGCGCCGCGGCAGCACGCGCACAGGCAGCAGCAGGAGAAGACGCGCUGGCUCAACACGCCCAACACCUACCUGCGGGUGGCCGUGGCCGACGAGCAGCCGGGCGGCCCCCGCACCAAGACCACGUGGCUGAAAGCGGACGAGGCGGAGAAGGGCGGCGGCACGGCCAUCCGCAUCGAGAACCCCAACCAGUUCGUGCCCCUCUACACGGACCCGCAGGAGGUGCUGGAGAUGAGGAACAAGAUCCGCGAGCAGAACCGCCAGGACGUCAAGUCGGCCGGGCCCCAGUCGCAGCUGCUGGCCAGCGUCAUCGCCGAGGCGAGCCGCAGCCCCUCCGCAGAGAGCCGCUUGUCAGAGGCGGCGGCGGAGGAGCCCGGGCGGGAGGCGCCCGCCGAGCCGGAGCCCCCCAACCCCUUCAGCCAGCUCACGGACCGCGAGCUGGAGGAGUACAAGCGCGAGGUGGAGCGCAAGGAGCUGCUGCAGGGUAGGGCUGCGCCGGCGGGGCCGCGCGCCCGCAGCCACCCCCCGCUGCCGCCGCCCGGCUACCCCCCGCGUCCCGCCGAGCCGCCCGCCGCCACGCCGCCGAGCCCCCCGCCGGCGCCCGCCGAGGCCGAGCCGCGCGCCGCCGCGGACGGGGAGGCCGAGCCGCCCGCCGCCGAGCCGCCGGAGGAAGAAGGGCAGGAGGCGCCGGGCCGAGGCGAGGGCCGGACGGCGGCGGAGCCGGCCGCCCCCCGCGAGCGCGGCGGGGAGACGGCGCCCAGCAGCCCGGCCUCGCCCGAGGGCUCGCCCUCCAAGUCGCCCUCGAAGAAGAAGAAGAAGUUCCGCACCCCGUCCUUCCUCAAGAAGGGCAAGAAGAAGGAGAAAGUGGAGGCCUGAGGCCCCUCGGGGCGGCGGCUGCCGCUCGCCCUGUCCCCCCUUCUCCCCACAGCCCCCCCCGGCCUGCACCGAGCCCCCUGUGCGCCCCCGCCUCUGCCCUGCCCCGGUGAUGGGGAGGGCGCAGGCGGGCGGCUGCGGGGCCACCACUGCCGCCACCACCACCACCACCA